AUGGUUGGGAAGUGGGGGAGUACACCUGACAGUCCAUGGGCAGGGGCUUCUAGGUUGCCUCAGAGGUCUUUGUCUAGCCAGGAAAGCAGCACUGACAUGAAGAUAUCUUGUCCACGUCUGCAGCUGAAAGACAAAGAAGACGUUUAUCUCAGCGUUUGUGUAUUUGGCCAGUACAAAAAGACAGAAUGCGUCCCUCCUAUCUUCCCACUGGUCUUCAAUGCCAGAAUGGUUUUUGAAAAGGUGUUCCCAGACGCCAUAGACCCGGGAGAUGUAGUAGCACAGCUCGAAUAUGACACAGCAGUGUUUGAGUUGAUACAGCUUGUUCUGCCAGUGGGUGAAACACUCUCUACAUAUGAGGAGAACACGAGAGACUUCAUGUUCCCUGGUCCAAAGCAAAUGUCUGGACACCAUGAUUCAAACCGCCAAGUUACGAUGCAGAGGAUUUCUGGUAUCAGAAAAUAUAAUUUUACCUCUAAGGACUGCUUUGGCUGCAUCCCAGAAAUUUUGGGACUUGCCCCACGACUGGAAUUUUCUACUACAUCUGUGAUUACAGAAUGUCUGAUCAGUUCAAGGAAGUGUCGAGGAGUUCAGGAUAAACUGUUAUGCCAUGCCAACCCUGCUGAAAGGAGCCAUGGCCGAAUGCAAAUGAGGGGGGCAGCAAGACCUUCCAAGAAGAAGUCCAGGUCCCCUGAGAGACACAAGUAUUGCGUAAACCCACGGAACUAUGAGCAGCCCACCAUCUCAUCCAAGUGCCAUUCUCCAUCCCCAUACACCAAGAGGCGGAUGUGCGAGCUGUCGGAAGACACCAGGAGGCGCUUAGCUCAUCUCAACCUGGGACCCUACGAGUUCAAAAAAGACACUGACAAACCUCCGUUUGUCAUCAGACACGCUGACACCCCAAACCCCAAGCUUGAGGCUCUUCUUGGAUAUUCUGGCAGGGAAUCUUCAAGAGAAGGAUGGUGCAAAAUGCACAACGAUCACACUCAUCUUGGCAGCUACCGAACCAAGGAUUAUAAGAUUACUAAGACUUCUCAUGGGAGAGACCGUGAAGAUUCUCUUGACCGGUGUGAAGAAUAUCUCGCCUCAAGGCAGUCUAGGCCACAUAACACAGAUAGGAAUCUCUUGGUCCAUUCAGCACCCUCCACAAUGCAGAAACGUUCACCUAGCCCGGUGCUCAAUCACUCAUCUCUCAGGGAAAGGUAUCAUUCAGAUUGGUGCUCACCUUCAAACUCAGAUGAAAUACAUGAGCGGGUAAAGAAUGUAUUGAAAUCACACGGGACUCAUCAAAGAUGUCUAUAUGAUGAGAGAGACCAGGAAAAAGAUGAGGAGCUGGACCUGAAGAGAAGUUUUGCAUAUAAAGACUCCCUCUGUGACAGUGAUCCAGAGUACAGCAGAUCAUCGCCUCUGCCAUCCCCACUCUCACCGAUCGGCCGUCACUCCCUUCCAGCUGGCUCCUUCCCUGCCGCCUCCAAAUAUGCCCACCUCCCCCCUCCUGAAAAAACAUCGCUCGAUCCUUCCGUCCCCACCUCACCAGGCCGUCUCCUCACCAGGCCGUCCAUCUACAACAGCAGUUCCUUAUAUAGGCCACGUCCCUUGGUCCACUUGGAUAACGGUGAAUACUGGUCCAACCGAGCAGCAGCUUAUAAAGGAAAGUCCCAUCGAGGCAACUUUGAGAACAGCAUGGACAAGAUCUAUAGGAACUUGUACAGGAAAGCCUGUGGUUCCAGCACACAGGAAAGCUUAUAACCACACCUACAACAGACUGUACUUGCCCAGGCAUGCUUCUCAAUGAAAUCUGUUAAUAGAAUCACUUUCCGUGUCUAUUUUCUGCUCUCCC